AUGGCCGCGCGGGACUCGGGCAAGCCGGCGGGGGGAGGCGGGAAGGGGCGCGGAAAGGGCGCGGGGGAGGGGGAGGGCGGCGAGGGGGAGUGGUGGCGGGAGCCGCUGUGGCAGGGCGCGAUGAUUGUGGGGGGCGCGGCGGUGGCAGUGGGGCUGGGAGUGAAGUACUUGAUGGGGGGGAAGGGGGAGGAAGGCGCGCAGACGGCACACAAGGGGAAAGGGAAGGUGAGUCGUGGGCGCCAGUUAGGAGGUGAUGAUGAUGGUGAUGGUGAUGGUGAUGGUGAUGGUGAUGGUGAUGGUGAUGGUGAUGGUGAUGGUGAUGGUUAUGGUUAUGGUUGUGGUUAUGGUUAUAGUUAUGGCGGGGCGACAUGGACGUGCAAGUGA